CGUUUACCUGAAAGCGCACACACGAUGAGAAUCUUGUUCGAGACUCGCGCUCGAGUUUUUGUCGAUUCUCAAUGUACGACGUUGUAUGUCAAAGUAAAGAUGGCGUUGAUCCAUGUUGUGUCAGGUGUUUAAAAAUUUCUUUAAAUUCUAUUAAAGUUUGACAUUGCACAUAAGUGUGACACUUUGAUCAGUUACUUAUUCCAUUCUCGGCUUUGUUAAAGAUCGUCAAUUGAAAAAAACGUGAAGGCGUCUGUCAAGAGUCACGUGUAAUACUGCCCGCUAGUGGCAUCUCGCACUUAACCUUAUCAUUACUUCAGUAUUAUACGAUCUCGUAAAAAUUUCGAGAAAACGACAUUAAUGCUGUGUCUUUUAUCAGAGAGAGAAUCAAUAAUUUUCAUCGAUCAAUUUCGAGAGGAUACCAACGUUGAUCAUUUACACUGUAUAAUAUAAAAAAGAGAUAUAAACUGAAUUUGGGAAGUUGGAAUUCGAAUUAAAUACUUUUAAUUAAAUACUUCUAAGUUUUGUUUACUACGUUUUUUCUUGAGUCGCUAAAUAUAUUUAGUUGAAUGUUGGUGAAAUAUAAACCUGGCUGAAAUGCCUAAAAUAAGAACCAGACAAGCAAAUAGCCUCUGGUUAAGGCAACGCGAAUUGGGUAUAAAGUUCCCAUUGGGACAUGCCGACUGUUUUCAUAAAACCCUUUAUUCGUCUAUGAAACCAGUAACUUCUUGGGACCAUGCAUUAUCCGCAGCUGCUGCGCAUGGUGGAGUUUUUAAUCUUGAAUAUUCUCCAGAUGGCUCUCUUCUAUUGGCAGCAUGUGAAAAAAAAAGUAUUUUAAUGUUUGAUCCCUUGAGAAGGAAUUUAAUCCAUACGAUUGAUAAUGCUCAUCAUGAUUGUGUUAAUUGUGUUAGAUUCUUGGAUCAACGUAUGUUUGCAACAUGUUCAGAUGAUAGUACAGUAGCUCUUUGGGAUGCUAGAAACUUAAAGCAAAGAAUAAGGACACUUCAAGGUCAUUCAAAUUGGGUGAAAAAUAUAGAGUAUAGUCCCAAAGAUAGUUUAUUAUUGACCAGUGGUUUUGACGGUAGUAUAUACACUUGGGACAUAAAUAGUUUUACAGAGAAUAGUAUUCUUUAUACACGUGUGUUCCAUACAAAUGGAUUGAUGCGCACUAGACUUAGUCCAGAUGCCAGUAAAAUGUUAAUAAGUACUACUUCUGGAUACCUCAUCAUUAUACAUAAUCUUAAGUUAAGCUCCUUAAGUCAAGACUUGGCAGGAUUUAGACCAAAUAUGUAUCGGUUAAUGCAAUCGUCUCAAACUACGAUACCAAACGUGGCAAGUUUCACCCAUCUAUUUUCUCAUUCUCGUACUCAUAAUCGAGUAGAGUUUUUAACCGAUUUCCCUGUUGGCGAUGAUGCCGAAAUAAUAUCGAGUUUGCAAGUGCAUCCACAGGGAUGGUGUGCUUUGUCUAGGAACGUUAGUAAUGGGGAAAAAUCCGAGUGGACCUGUAUUCACGAUAUACAAGAACGUGAUGUAUCCAGUAUAGCGGAGCAGGCGAAAGAAGGAGAGGAAACGACUCCUCAGUUUAACGAAGUACCCGUAGAGGAGUUCGAGGAUUUUCAACAACCUCAACCUUCUCGUUCGGGUAUAACUUCUUCCUUUUUAAUCGAAAGUCCAAAUAAUCGCGUUAGAGUAAUUCAUACAACCUCAGAUUCAACAAGAUCGAACGCUGCCGGAUUAUCGGAUAAUGCGCAGUCAGUUAGAACCUCGAGAAACUGGCAAGUGGCGUCACGUAGGGCGUCACGAUCGCAAUCGAGAAAUUCGCGUUUAGACAGAAAUGCGACAAGAACGAAUUUCGGCGCGAUCGAAGUUAGCUCGACUAGUUCAAGCUCGUCCGAUUCUCGAGUGAGCGCGGAUAGAGACGAUAGGCAAGCGGACAGAUACAUAUAUGCGGCUGAUCUUUACGCGGCUGAUGAGAGCAUAUUAGAGGAGGGAUCCGGUGAUCAAGAAAGGGAUUCGGGACAGGAUUACAGGCCACCGAGACCAAAUUCUCAUCUUAAUUACUUAAGACCACGCAACAUGAUUGACAAUUUUUCUACUGGUAAUAUAGAAUUACAUGUAAGUACAACCGAUGUGUGGGAAGCACACGUAGCGAUUAGGGAAGCCAGGCUUAGAAGGGAGAGGGAUUGGCUUUCUAGAUCGAGUAACAAUACGGUAGUUAUAAUUGGCGAUAGAAUUAGAGUUCAAAAUCGGAAUAGACAAGGCCAACAAACGAUGUACGCCAUUCCGAGAAAUCGUAUGAUUCAUCAAAAUACACCUAGAUUAACGCAUUAUAUAGAAGAACCUAACGUAGGUUCCGGUUAUAUCAAAGAAUUAUGUUUCUCUGCCGAUGGCCGAUUAAUAUGUUCACCGUUCGGUUAUGGCAUACGAUUAUUAGCAUUUUCUAAGGAUUGUUCAGAAUUAUCUAAUUGCGUUCCUCCCUACAAUGAGUCUGUACAGUUGCACG